CCGAAACCGCCCUAUUGAAAAGAGAGCUCAAUCCAUUGAAUAAAGAAAUCGAGAAAUCUGAAUAUAAUACUACUAGAACAGACAAUGUACAUCUAAUCUAACCCAUUUGGUUCUGAUUAAGAAAGACUUUUCAAUAGAUUAAUAUCAAAACUGCUCCCAUCCGCCAUCGCAGACCACUCUGUUUUUCUUUUCCUUCUUCCAAAAUUCUCGUGUAUACUUGUUUUACAAUCCAAGAAAUCGCUUCGUCCAUAACCCACGACCCACCACCUUUCACAUUCCCCAUUUCCAGAUUUGGAAUUCCAUACCCAAAACCUUCAGCUCCCCCAUUGCUUCUUUAAAUAGACAAAUUCACACGGUAAGCUUUUCCUGGGAUGCUAUAGCAGUGGAUCUUCUUAGUCUCCUACCGCCUAUUAUCUGGCGUUUGUACUUGAUAAUUCCUGCCUUUUCUCUUGUAUUAGUAUCGUUAUGCGGUAAAGUUGGAAUCUUUUUGUGUUCCCAUCAAUAUAUGGGUUCGGAUAAGCUUAGCAGUUUCAGUAGAAGUGUUUCAUUUAAACAGAGGGCCACGAAUCUUGGAAGCCCUAGAUUUAGUAGGAAGAGCUGGGUUUCAAGAAACUUUACAGUCCUAAUUGUGUUUGGAUCUGCUGUUUCAUUUCUUUUGGCAAUCAGUGGGGGGUAUUUGUAUGUCCUCCCAAGCCUUACCAAAGCAUUUCAUGAAGUUAGUAUUCCCACCACCUCCAAUGGUGGUGAGUGUGAUAUAUAUGAUGAUGGGGAUUGGGUUUUAGAUAACAGUUACCCAUUGUACAAUGCCUCAGAUUGCCCUUUUGUAGAACAAGGGUUUAACUGCUUGGGGAAUGGUCGGACUGAUAAAGACUAUCUCAAGUUGAGAUGGAAGCCGAAGGGGUGUGACAUUCCAAGAUUUGAUGUGGAAAGUACCUUAGAAAUGCUCCGCAACAAAAGGGUUGUUUUUGUUGGUGACUCUAUGGGUAGAACACAAUGGGAAUCUUUGAUUUGUCUACUAAUGACCGGGGUCCGAGAUAAGGCAAGCGUGUUUGAAGUGAAUGGCAAUCAGAUAACGAAGCAGAUUCGGUUCUUAGGGGUGAGGUUUGGUUCCUUUAAUUUCAGUGUGGAGUUUUACAGAUCAGUUUACCUUGUGCAACAUAAUUGGUCGCCCAAACGUGCGCCUAAAAGAGUCAGGUCAACUCUUAGGCUGCACAAAUUGGAUGAUAUUAGUGCUGAGUGGAGAAAUGCUGAUAUGCUCAUAUUCAAUUCCGGUCAGUGGUGGGUGCCUGAAAAGCUCUUUGGAACAGGAUGUUAUUUUCAAGUUGGUCACACACUCAAACUUGGAAUGUCGAUUCCUCUGGCAUUCAGAACAGCUUUACAAACAUGGGCAAAAUGGGUUGAUACCACCAUUAACCCUAAUAGAACACGCGUAUUUUUUCGAACCUAUGAACCUUCUCACUGGAGGAAUCUAACACUGCGCGAAUGUGAAGUUCCAAACCAACCUCUUUUAGAGACUAGAGGACAGGACAACAGUUCGUUCUCAGAUGCCAUAUUCAGUGUCGUGAAGACGAUGACGAUUCCUGUUACUAUAAUGCAUAUCACUCCCAUGUCAGCAUUCAGGAGCGAUGCUCAUGUGGGCACUUGGGGUGACAAACCGUCACUAUCUGACUGUAGCCACUGGUGUCUACCUGGAGUGCCCGAUGUGUGGAAUGAAAUACUUCUAUCCUAUCUUCAUUCAACGCACUCGUCUACUAUUUGGGAAAGGAUGACGAGUAAUUCUACAAUUGCAAGAUAGCAGCAAUUUUGCACAGAAAAUGUAUAGUUACAGAGAGAAUUUUGUCUGGGAAUUUGAUCUUUGUUUCAUAAUAGAUUUAUGAUGAAGAGUGAAAAAUGAUCAUUCCUUCAGGUUUCUCAUAAUCUCAUGAGUUAAACACUGUCACAUCUUGCAGCACUUCAUUGAUGAUGGAAAGGAAAAUGGUUUUUCUUCAGUUCUUC